GGAGCUGUGUAGCUGUGGUCAAGGCUUGGAGUUUCCCAAAGGCCAGGCUGCAGUCAUCUGAAGGCUUAAGUAUGGCUGGAGGAUCUAUUUCUAAGAGGGCUCCUCACAUUCUGGCAGUCCCUGAGUUUGGUGGCCUGUCCCUGGAGUGGUCAGUUCUGCUGCCACCAUGUCCACCCAGCUGGAGAUGGCCAUGGACACCAUGAUUAGAAUCUUCCACCGGUACUCGUGCAAGGAAGGGGACAGAUUCAAGCUCAACAAAGGGGAACUGAAGAUGUUCCUGCAGCGAGAGCUCACAGACUUCCUCUCGGUGAGUCCUAGAUGUUCUUUGGUUGAUAAGAUAAUGCAGGACCUGGACGCCAAUAAGGACAAUGAAGUGGAUUUUAAUGAAUUCGUGGUCAUGGUGGCAGCUCUGACAAUUGCUUGUAAUGAUUACUUUGUAGAACAAUUGAAGAAGAAAGGAACAGAAAGAUAA